AUGGCAAAUCGAGGGAAAAGCCUAGACUCGGAGAUCUUCUCCAUUGCCGACUUGCAGGCCAAGGCAUCGGAGAAACUUCCAAGAGUAUUCAAGGAAUUCUUCAAUGAAGGCGCAAUGGAUCUCAUCACCGUGAAAGACAACGAAGAUGCCUUCAAUCGGUAUAAGAUCCGCCCACGCGUUCUUCGCGAUGUCUCUAACCUGGACACCUCGACAACGAUCUGCAAUACCAAAGUUUCUUUCCCAUUUGGAUUUGCUCCCGCUGCCACCCACAAGAUCGCCCAUCCGGACGGCGAGAUCGGAACUUCCAAGGUUGCUGCUGAGGCGAAUAUAUGUAUGGCGUUGUCUUCACAUGCAACCUGCUCGUUAGAGGACGUCAUAGCAGAGGGGUCGGGAAACCCAUACAUGAUACAAUUCAUCAUAUUGAAAGAUCGGAAUAUUACGAGGCAGCUACUUGAGCGCGCAGAGAGUGAGACCCAUCGCUUUGUCUCCUUGAUCAUUGCGGGUGCUAAAUCUUCUUAUGUCACAGGAUCUGGGUAUAAGGCAGUCAUGCUAACAGUGGAUGCGCCAAUGCUCGGAAGGCGUCUGAACGAGUACAGAAACUCUUUCGGAAUUCCAAAAGGCAUGGGAUAUCCCAAUCUUGCCCCUGGCUCUGAUAUGAGUAAUUUGACCGAGACGGGCGAGGGGCUAGCAUAUGAGGACGGUAUUGAGUGGGCCGAGGCAAUUGCGUGGAUUAGAAGUGUAACUAAGCUCGAGAUUUGGGUGAAAGGAAUCUAUACUGCUGAAGAUGUCGCACUGGCUAUCCAGCAUGGAGUCAACGGUGUUUUGAUUUCCAACCACGGCGGUAGACAAUUGGACGGCGUACCAGCCACUCUUGAUGCACUACGCGAAUGUGCAUCUGUCGCAAAGGGCAAAAUAGCUAUCGCCAUUGAUGGCGGUAUCCGCCGCGGAACAGAUAUUUUCAAGGCUUUGGCCCUAGGAGCGGACUAUUGCUUUGCAGGGAGGAUCCCUAUCUGGGGAUUAGCGUACAGGGGGACAAAAGGCGUGGAACUUGCUGUCAAGCUAUUGCAAGAAGAAUUCAAAUUGGCCAUGUGCCUUGCUGGAUGCAAAACCAUCAAAGAUAUCAAUAAGAGUCAUCUGUCUAUCCUCGAGACGAACGGUGUGCUUUCGAAGCUCUAA